CACGAUAGCCUUCUACUUUUGUUAUGGAAAUUGUUCUUUAUUUGACUCCAUAUCUGCUUUUAUGUUUUCCCGGCCAGCUACCGCUGCUUCACUUAACACAAGCUUCUGAAGCCACUAGCCCUUUUGAGGCCAUUUCUAUCUAUUACCAGAUAUUUGCCAAUCCUUCAUCUUCCUUCAUCUUCUCCAGAGGCCCUAACAAUAAAGGAGCAGGCCAUUUUUUUAGUACUAUCCAGUUUUAUAUAUACGUCACUCAAACCCACAAAAAUAACAGGCGAAGGAGAGGAGCACGGAAAACCACCACCACCUUUUUCUUCUUUUCAUACUUGCGGGAAAACACAGGAGAGUCUUUGAGCAAGAAAAUGUAUAGCAACGGAGACUCUUCUUCUCCGGAGGACUCCAAUGGCGAAUCAAAUGAAAAGGCUCAGAGAUCGAUCAGAGGUUUAGAUGGUCCACAUUGGUACAUGAAUGUUCAUAGCUGUUUUCUUUGAAUUCUUGAUGCAAAUGCCCACAUGCGGGUUUGAUGAACUAAAAGUGUAUACAGAACAGACAAACAUUUGCCUCAUCUGGAGAAUACAGGGCAAUGACUGACAUGUGAGCAACAAACCCACCAUAUGAUGCAUAAUAAACAGAUCUUUGCCAAACGGGCUGAAGAGCACGAAAGAUUCAUCAACAAGGUGACUUAUUUGUUGAGUGUUCUUGGGUUUGGAACAUUCUGCUUUCUGUUGGGUGCCAGGCCUCAAGAUGUCCCUUAUGCAUAUUGUUUGCUCUCUAUCAUAUUUGUUCCUCUACGGUGGAUUUAUUAUCGAUACAAGAAAUGGCAUUAUUAUCUCUUGGACUUCUGCUACUACGCCAACACACUAUUCUUGGUCAUGCUUCUUUGUUUUCCUAGAAAUGAGAAGUUUUUCAUGAUUUGCUUCUCUUUUGCAGAGGGUCCACUGGCUUGGGCACUGAUUGUGUGGAGAUGCAGCUUAGCCUUUAAUUCUUUCGACAAAAUUGUAAGCGUCUUCAUACAUCUUUUGUCUGCAAAAGCUGCAAAAAUUAUCUGUGGAAUUCUUGAUACGGUGGCCAAAAUACCUGCCGCAUCUGAUGUUCAGAUUGCCCUAUGCAAGGAAAUUGUGCAAUAGACACGUGAUGAGAAGUGAACUUUCCUUCGUUAGCGCACUGAGGCAAAGCUUGCAGCUCUAUUGAUGGAGACCAAGGAAGAUUCCGAAACUUUAGCUCUCCUUUCUGGACCAAUCAAGGAG